UCUCUCGCUAUAUAAACCCUCACCCCUUCUUUUCCGGUCUCAUGGUCUUUUUCACUCGCCGUUGAAAUUUAGGAACCCUAAAAUUACAGUCUGCGAUUUUCGUCUUUGGUUUGUUGUAAUGGUUUUGUGAUCUCCAAUGAGUAUUAUGAUCGGUGAAGUUUAGGGUUUGUUUCUGUGGCCAUUGAUCGGUGAAGGUUAAGAUUCUACUUUGGUUUUGUGUCUUGUGCCUAUUGAUUGUUUUUUUUUGUGUUCGAUGAUCUGAAUUGUCGUCAAUGAUGAUAAAUCCAAAGGCUUGUUUCUCAAACAUUCGCAGUUGCCGCCUAAGAGCUUUCGCCUUUCGCCGGGCUUGAGAGCUAAUGCUGCUUUAUCUCCUUCCUUGGAUGUCUGAGACAUUUUUGUAUAUCUUUCGAAAUUUGGUUUUGUCGUUGUCUGGGACUUUGUUGUCUGCCCCUUUAGCAGGAUUGAUCGAGUGCUUUAGGGAUGAACAAGUCCCCCACAUGUUCAUCCAUCUAAUUCACUUUGUCAGCAGUCUAUCCUGGUUUCUUGCUGAUCAUUUCAGGAUGGGAAAUCUUCUAUCAGUUUCAUAUGAUUUCUCAAAAUCUCUUUUCUCAAUUUUGGAGACGAUGAUUCGUUAAUCCAAAUCGGUCGAUGAUGAUGAAUCUAAAGGCUUGUUUCUCAAAACAUUCGCAGUUGCCGCCUAAGAGCUUUCGCCUUUCGCCGGGCUUGAGAGCUAAUGCUGCUUUUAUCCUUCCUUGGAUGUCUGAGACCGAAAUGUUAUACUUUUAUUCUAUUCAUGCUCUCUAGUGUUUGAUUGAAUGAUUAAUAACAAGUCUACUGUUGGGGAUGAGUCCAAAAUAUGAUCGAGGAUGAUAAUUUCAAAGGCUUGUUUCUCAAAACAUUCGCAGUUGCCGCCUAAGAGCUUUCGCCUUCGCCGGGCUUGAGAGCUAAUGCUGCUUCCAUCCUUCCUUGGAUGUCUGAGAUCUUACACGCACUCUGUUCCUCUUUGGCUUUAUGUAUCAGAUAUUACCGGUUUUCCCUUUGUGUUCUUUUAUGAAACGGUUCACAGAUAUUGUGAGAAGAAUUGAACUCAGCUUCUUAGUUUACUGCUACUAACCGUCGAGGCAUUAUGUGUUUUGUUUCAUUUUUCAGGAACAACAUGGCCCGGGCAGGACUGAUCUCGUCUGGUCCUGGGAUGAAAUUUUCAUAUUAGCCGUUUACCAUCCUUGGUUUUGUAACUCUGUAAUUUUGUAUAUGCUUAAUGUGUAUCUUGUAGUUCUCUCACCCUUGGGUUGAGAUGGUUCUGUAUCUGCUUGUAAAUCUUCAUUUUUCUGUCUGAAUAUCAGAUUGAGUAAAAAGUUUCGUACGUUGUUCCUUGUUCAUUUUUCACUGUCAUCGCUUGAAUGGUAGAAACAAAAAAAAUCGCACCGUUGACGAUUCGGACGUGAAGAGAACUCGAUUGUUCGUGAAAGAGAUCUUCUUUCUUGGGUGAUUGAUUUAGUUAGGGCGACAAUGUCUAAGAAUCUGAAAGUUUGAUUUCAACACACUUUUCCUUGUCUAAGAAAGGGUGUAAUAAAAGAACCACGAGUGUUUCACCAAUCCUCUCGUGUAUAUCGAGGUCUAAGCUUGGUGGCCGGUAAAGCUGACGCAUAUUAUACGUCUCCCUCGCAUUGUGGAACUUCACGGUUUAAACGUGAAGCUCGACUUCGCGUACUGAAUAUUUUAACCCAACACAUCUGGUGAUGUCUUUCUUUGACUGUCAAAACAGAAUGAAAGCCCGACGAGGUCCCGACACAAUGGCGAUUCUAUGCAAUCUGACACAAGGGUUUAGGGCCUCCAACUGGGUUUCGAGCUUGUCCCUCGCUGGCUUACUGGGUGUCGCCGGUUUCGUUUUUGCCCUAAAAGAGGGUAGAUUUCGUAACUUGGGCAGCCUUGGGCUGUUCUCUGUGAAAGAUGACGCUGAGGAUGAUUCGUUUCUCGUGCCCGGAUUGCAGAAUCUGGGUAAUAAUUGUUUCCUCAACGUGAUCUUGCAGGCUCUGGCAAGCUGCAAAGAUUUCCGGGUUUUUCUUCAAAGGGUUAUAGAUGAAUCUGAAGCAACGGUUGUGGGAGAACAAGAUGAACACUUGCCACUUACCUAUGCUUUAUCAGCUCUUCUGGAAGAACUAUGUAGGAUUGAAAGACGACGAGCUGUAUCCAGCCCUCGUAAAGUCAUGCUGGCAUUGUCAUGUUAUGUCCAAAAUUUCGAUUUGACGAACCAGCAGGAUGCAGCUGAAGCGCUUUUUCACCUGAUGUCGUCUUUGCAAGAGGAACUAACGGAUUGCUAUAUUCCUUGCCAAAGUACUCUAUCUGAUGUUAUCGCUUCUCUCAACUUGAGAAUUCUUGCCCCAAGUGGGAGUAACUGUUUAUCGUCUGAGCUCGAGAGAUGGCAGAAACGCUUUCUUGGACCAUUCGAUGGAAUUCUUGGCAGUGUACUGAUGUGUCAAACUUGUUCAUGUCAGAUCUCCCUCGAGUUUCAGUUUUUUCAUACACUACCUCUUUCUCCUUUACUUGAUAGCGGUUCCAACAUUGUACGUUAUGGAAGAUGUUCGGAUGUACUGUGGAAGAUUGCUUGAAGAACUUCUUUGUUGCUGAGAGAGUCGAGAAUUAUUACUGCAGCAAAUGUUGGCAUGCUGCUGCACUGAAGUACUUAUCGGUGAGAGGAGCG